AUGCCCAGCUCCAAGGCGCCUACGCGCCCGCAGCAUCCAAUGACCCUGCACGACGUCGUCGUAGACUAUGUCCUCAACUCGGCGUACACCGGCACCGCCAAGAUCCUCGCGUCUUGCCCUCCCCGCCCCACAUCCGCCUCGUCGUCGGGCUCGGGAACAUCCAGCUCUCACCCGUCCCCCUCGCCGGAACGCAUGGACGUUGAUGUUGACGCCGACGUCGCUGGCGACUUGGGAAGUGACGAUGCAGCACAAGCGCACGGGGAAGCGGGGAGCAGGCCGCUUCUCGAUGACGCAGCACUGGCCUCUAUUGACCAACGUAGAGCGAUCUUAGACUACAUUCUCAACGGUGCGGUAGUGCGCGCGGUCGAUGCCUUGCAGACACACUUCCCUGCCGUGCUCGCCCCGGCUGUUCGGAAUGGCGGCGGGUCCUCGCCUGGCGGGUCGUCGGCGGCGGCAGUUGUCGCCAGUAAUGGGGCAGGGAACGGGGCGUCAACGGCGUCGAAUGGUGCCUCGUCAUCGUCCGCCUACGUCCUUACCCCGCGCGCCGUCCCCUUGGCGCGGGGUAUGGCGGGCUCGCCAGCUCCUACCAACCACGAGACCCCCGUGUUCGUGCACAGCGCGGACCCAGACCAUGUCCGACUCAACCUCCAAAUACAGCAGUUUAUCGAGUCGUUCCGGCAACUCGCUCCCUCCGCCCCGUCGUCCCCUGCCAACUCGAUCGAGAGCCUCAACGGCUCCUCGAACCUGACCGGUUCCAAAGAGUUGACAGAGGCUCUGUCCGCCCUCCAGGCGCUGCACACAGAUGCGACCCGCCUCACGCCCGACCACCGCGCAUACUACCUCCAGGAGAUCAAGGAUGUCGGUGCGCUGUUUGCCUACACCGACCCCGAGAACAGUAUCCUGCGCGGCUUCCUCGACCAGGCGCGCAGGAUCGCCUUGGCCCAGCAGGUCAACGCUGCCAUUCUCAAGUCUGAAGGCCGUCCAGUGCGUUCCCAUCUCGAGGAGGUGGUGCGGCGUACGCACGCCAUUUACGCAACUGUCGCCGAGCAAGGCAUCGACCCGCAGCCAUCGUGGACUGGGGACGCAAAGGGCGCAGCGCACUGGCGGAUUGCUGAGCAGCUCAAGCGAAAGCCGUUCCAGAAGGGCGGGUUCAACCUUCACGAGUAUGUGUGGGAGUCAUCGUAG